ACCGGGCGGAAGUCUAGCGAGGAGGUGGAGAGGAAGAAUGAGCAGGUAACCUCUGAAUGCACCUUGUGAAGAAGACCCUAUGGGAGCUUUGCCAUACAGAUGCCGUGGGACUGAAAUGAAGGCUCACUGCACUGGAAAGAAUGAGGAAUAAGUAGGAGAAAGACAUAUUUCAAGCGACAUCCUUGGAGGAAAGGGAGGCUUGUGCUGUUAAAAGAGGGUUUGGGGAAAGAGACCAGAAGGCUACGGCAAUGUGAAGGCUGAGAAGAGGAAAUCCUGUGGUGUUCACAGAGUUCAUAUCUGUGAACUUUUGGCAUAAUAUUUGAACCAUAAAUUAAAAAGAAUGGAAAAUCUCCAUCCCUGUUCCACAUCACGUACAGGGGAGAAGCUGCAUAAGUGUAUGGACUAUGGGAAACAUCAACACACUCAUACAGGAGAGAAGCCAUAUAUAUGCAUGGAAUGUGGAAAGAGCUUCAGUCGGAGUGGAGAUCUGUGUUGUCAUCAAAGGCCCCACACAGGGGAGAAGCCGUAUCAAUGCAUAGAAUGUGGAAAGAGUUUCAAUUGGAGUGGAUACUUGUGUUCCCACCAAAGGACCCACACAGGGGAAAAGCCAUAUCAAUGCAUGAAAUGUGGAAAGAGUUUCAGUUUGAGUGGACACCUGCAUUCCCACCAAAGGACCCACACAGGGGAGAAGCCACAUAAAUGCAUGGAGUGUGGAAAGAGCUUCAAUGAGAGUGGACAGCUGCAUUCCCAUGAAAGGACCCACACAGGGGAGAAACCAUAUCAAUGCAUGGAAUGUGGAAAGAGCUUCAGUUUGAAGGUAAACCUGCAUUCCCAUCAAAGGACCCACACAGGGGAGAAACCUUAUCAAUGCAUGGAAUGUGGUAAGAGCUUCAGUCAGAGUGGACACCUUAGUUCCCAUCUAAGGUCCCACACAGGGGAGAAGCCAUAUCAAUGCAUGGAAUGUGGAAAGAGAUUCAGUCACAGUGGACAUCUGCGUUCCCAUCAAAGGACCCACACAGGGGAGAAGCCACAUCAAUGCAUGGAAUGUGGGAAGAGCUUCAGUCAGAGUGGACACCUUCGUUCGCAUCUAAGGUCCCACACAGGGGAAAAGCCGUAUCAGUGCAUGGAAUGUGGAAAGAGCUUCAGUCACAGUGGACAUUUGCAUUCCCAUCAAUGGACCCACACAGGGGAGAAGCCACAUCAGUGCAUGGAAUGUGGAAAGAGCUUCAGUCACAGUCGAGAUCUGCAUCGCCAUCAAAGGACCCACACAGGGGAGAAGCCACAUCAAUGCAUAGAAUGUGGAAAGAGUUUCAGCGAUGGUGGAGCUCUGUAUCGCCAUCAAAGGACCCACACAGGGGAGAAGCCACAUCAAUGCAUGGAAUGUGGAAGGAGCUUCAGUCAGAGUGCACAUCUGCGUUCUCAUCAAAAGACCCACACACGGCUAGAGGAAGAGAUCUGCCUUUGAGUCUCCUAGUUCUGCUCAGAAAAACCAAUCCCCCAGACAAGGGUCCCAUCCCCCCACAGGCAGGCAAAGAAUGGGAGAAUGGAUGCAAAGAAGAAGGCUACCACCGUACUCUCUAUCUGUCAUGGAUCAUAGUCUGUGUGACCUGACUUGAUUGCUGCUAGGGGCAGGUCUUCCACAGACGAGGACUCUUCUCAGUAUUACAGCCAUUUCUGAAGGAGUUAACCUGACUUCUUCCUCCUCAAGGAAAGGCCGCCAGCCUGUGUAGAUAUUCCACCAAUAAAUAUAAAGGCCACCAUAAAAUGUAAAGGAAUGAAUCUGUCAGGCGAGGGUGUUUUAAAUAUCUUUGCCACCUUUUUCCGUUCACGAGCCUUGAUUAUUUGAGACUCUGCUUAAGGCGAAACAGUAACUGUUGGUUUAUUUAUAUCCUUCGAGUUACAUAAGUGAUGGUUUCAAGACUAUAUAUACAGUAUGGACUUCUGGUGGGCAAUGAUGGCGACAGGCUGGAUUUGCUGAGGGGUCUCAGUAGGUCAAACCGCUUUUGCUGAUCGGGUAAAGCUUUUAGCUCCCCUCUCUCUGUGGAUCAAGCCGGAGAGGGAUGCCAAGUCGGCAGGAACUUUCCUACGAUCCCAAGAACCCUUUUCCCCCAAGGGAGAGGGUCGAGAGGGUCCGGAGGUUCCAAGACAAGGCGGGAAGCGGGUUAAAAUAUCCGCAAUCACUGUCUGCCCUGCCCAUUUUAAAUUAAAAGAAACAAGAUAGAAAACAAAGAAGAGACUGUAGUGGAUCCUAAGCGGAACACGUAAGUCUCCCUCAAGACAGAAUAAGUUCUCUUCCUUCUGAGAUAAUGGGACAAAUCUAAAAGAUAAGAAGGAAAAGGUGAAAUUGAAGGAGGGUUGCACCAAGGAGAGGUAAAGUGUAAUUGCUGGGAGAGAAAAGGAGUAGUAGAAGAGUGGACUGAAUGAAAUGGAAAGAAUUUUAUGAUUUUGAUGAAAUCCGGCCCAAAAAUUAAUGAAUUAAUAUAAAAAAGAUCAAUUUCUAAAUAAUUACAAUCAAUUAAUUAUCGGGUAUAUUUUAUAUAAUGAAGCAACUAAACUGAAGUAUUGAAUUAGAAACUUAAAGCUAGAAAACAUAGUAUUGUGGGGUAAAAGAAACACAGGGAAACUGACCUUGAAAGCCAGUUUCCCUGUGAUUCUUUUACCCCACAAUACUAGUUGCUUCUGUGACUAGAGACGGGUUUUAUGAGAGUGGAGGCCAGGGUGUGGGUGGCCAUACUCAACCUCUGGCUCAGACUAUCCCUUUGGUCUUGCCCCACUAACCAUGGAGGAUGACUUCCAAUCCACAUGAAGCAGGCGGUAGCAUCCAAAAUCUCCUCAUUGGGGUUUUCUCCAGGUCUACUAUUCGCUAUGGAUUACAAUCAAGCCAAAGCACGUAUUAAACAACGUAUCACAGACACAGAGCGACAACUAGAUCAGGCCUCGGUUCCAACCUUCCUUAUCAAUGAAGACAGCAGAUAUCUUGCCUCCCCUAUGGCAUAUUUAACAAACUUAGAGGUUCCCAUUCAUCGAAGGGCUUUCACCCUGGCUCGAUGCCACGCUCUCCCAUCAGCUGUACUCGAAGGCCGCUACCGGAAGAUCCCUUUCCCAGAGAGACUCUGCCCCUGUGACUCGGGUCAUGUAGAAACAAUAGAACAUGUGCUCCUUCAG